GAAAGAAAGUCUGUUACUUUUCACGUGGUUGCCAAACCGAGCGAACGAAGCAGAGCAAAUUCCGUUAUCCACACACACACACACACACACACACACACCAAAAUUUCAAUCCCUGUUAGAAUUUCAUAAUUUCCUCUUUCUUAAUUUCCGUUGCUCACACGAAUAUCAUUUAAUCUCCGAUAUUUCCGAAUCUAGGGUUUCUAUUUCUUACCAGAAUUCAAUUCAAUUCAAUCAGCCAUGGUUUUCGAAUCCAUCCCUUCCGCCGCUUCAAAUCCUAAGGAAUUCUCUAAGAAAAAACGAGUUAAUCGCUCUGCCAAAAUUAAACAGUGUAAACUUGAUGUUCGUCGUGAACAAUGGCUUAAUCAAGUGAAGAAUAAAGGUUGUAAGGAGGAAAAUAAAGGCGCUGGAUGUGCGAAGACGCCUGCUAUGGACAUGCAUGUGGGAAAUGAGGGAGGGAGAGCGAUGGUGAUGGCGAAAUUGGUGGUUGAUGAUCAUGAUGGUGAAGAGAAUGAAUGUGUGAUGAUGAAUCAGUAUAGUGAUUGGGAGUCGCCUUCGAAUAGUCCUACUAGUCAUGCUAGUAGCUUGACGAGUAACAGGUCUGUUACGAAUUUUACCGGUAGUAGUAGCAGGAGCAGCAGUAGUAGCAGUGGCGGUUUUGGUUGUUAUUCAGGAAGUAUGACUGAAGAAGAUGAUGGUGAUGAUGGUUGUUUGGAUGAUUGGGAGGCGAUUGCUGAUGCUUUGGCAGCUGAUGAUGUAAAAAAUGACCCGAACGACAAUGUGGAGUCUGAAAUGGAUGGAAAUGGUCCACAACUGGAUUUGACUACUGCUUCAGAGUUAGAGCCUGUGGAGAUAGUUAAAGAGAAUCAACAGGAUUGUUGUCCACAGGUGAAUCGUCGGGCUUGGAGACCUGAUGAUGCUUUUCGUCCACAGGGUCUGCCAAAUUUGUUUAAACAGAACAGUUUCCCGGUUAAUUCAGACCGACAUUUCGGUGGAGGCACUGCUUGGGGUUUUAAGAAUGUUGGGUUUGCUCCAAAGACAUGUCCGAUAUGCUGUGAAGAUUUGGAUUUGACAGACUCAAGUUUUCUUCCUUGUCCUUGUGGCUACAGGCUCUGCCUUUUCUGUUACAAGAGGAUCCUUGAAGAUAAUGGUCGUUGUCCAGGCUGCAGGAAGGAGUAUGAGCAGCCUGAUCAGGGGAAUGCAACUUCCAAACUGGCUCGCUCGUACAGUAUGAUCCACAGGCAUUAGGAGAGCUAUGUGCCCCCUUUGAAUACAUAUGUGUGACUCCUUUUUGUGUGUCUUGCGUCUUUAAAUGUUAGAACUGAUAUUAGUGUAGGUAUGUCGAUAGACAUCAUGUCUUAGUGUUUGGGACAUAUGUUCUCGUGAGUUUGGCCUAUCGGACUAGUUGGCUGUGUUGGUAUGUGAAUACAUAAGGGCAUAUAGAAAUCGGAUACAUCAUUUCCACUGCAUUGCAAUCUGUCUUGUUGGCAAUCUAUAAACUUUAGUUGAUCCA